CUCCCCAUGCCGGAAGUGCCGCGGUUCCGGAGCGGUGGCCGGGCGGCGAUGGCAGCGGGCCGGCAGCGGCGCGGCGGGCCGGUGGGCCCCUCCGCGUCCCGGCGCGGCGGCGCGGGCUGAGGGGAGCGGGCCGCCUGCCGUCGCCCUCCCGCUCCCUCCUUCUCCACCAGAGGGAGGUGCAGAGCAUGGAGAAUGAUGAACUUCCGCCAGAGGAUGGGAUGGAUUGGUGUGGGGUUGUACUUGUUAGCGAGUGCUGCAGCUUUUUAUUAUGUCUUUGAAAUCAAUGAGACUUACAACAAACUAGCACUGGAGCACAUUCAGCAACACCCUAAGGAACCACAGGAAGGAACCACAUGGACGCACUCCUUAAAAGUACGACUGCUAUCCUUGCCUUUUUGGCUGUGGACUAUAAUAUUUUUAAUACCGUAUUUACAGAUGUUCUUGUUUCUCUAUUCCUGUACGAGAGCUGACCCCAAAACUGUUGGGUAUUGCAUCAUUCCUAUCUGCUUGGCUGUUAUUUGCAAUCGUCAUCAAACAUUUGUGAAGGCCUCUAAUCAGAUCAGUAGACUACAACUGAUUGACACUUAGCUCAAUUUCUAGUUUCCGUAGCUGUUCUGAAGCAAUUGCAUAUGCCUGAUCUAAUCAUAAGACUGAAGUUCUGAGUGAAGGCUUGAAAGAGCCUUUUCUUUCAAACUGUUAAGCAAUGAAGAGAGUGACUGUUUUCUAUUUAAAAAAAAAGUUAACUACAAAGGUUUUUAAAUAUGGGUCUAUCAGAAUGGCCAGAGUGGGAGAGUCCUGUGUGACACUUGAUGGAAGUAUUCCUCAUUUUGCCUUAAUGAUGCAAAAUUGCAGCACUCCUUCUGAAACAUCCUGUGGGGGAAUAAGUUUCUGGUCUGUGACUUUACUCCUCUGUGCAAAAAAACUGAUUUCCAAUGUUUUCCCUUGGAGUAAAAUCAAUGAGAAGAUACUACUUUUGUGGUAAAUGUGAAAAGAAAAAUCAGAACACGAUUAUAAAAACGGCACUUAACACAGUUCUUUUGCUUUUUCUUUUUUUUUGAAGUAAUACCUACAUCAGUACUAGUUUUAAUGAAUUUUUCAAAAGUAAGUUUAGAUAUAAAUACAGGAAGCAAAGAAUAAAGUUUGUGUGAACCUUUAAAGGAAAAAAGGUACUUUUUUUUUUUUCCCAUGGUAGCAUACUGUUUUCCAGUGACUGCAGCAUUACCAUGUUGUAGUAGGUAGGUAGUGAGGAGUGGCAAUGGCCUGAGGGUUGGUGUUUUAAACUCUCUUUCCUAUGAUGUCAAAAGUAGCUUAUGCUGGUGUUGGCCUGUGGUCUGCACAAAACUUCAUUUGUGUUUUCUUCUAUCUAUACAAAUCUACUUUGAUUAAAGUUACAAGUGAUUGGAAUUUACUAACAUUCUAAUGUCAGUCCAGACAUGAUGCAAAAGUGUGUUCAGGGAGCGCUGAUAUGCUAGGAGAAACUUUGUAUUUGGGACAGUUAACUGGUAUUAGGUUGGGGGGGGUGUGUGUGCUACAGACAGGUUGUAAGACAGAUAAUCAUGUUUCUUCCAGAAAUUUGAAAAGUAAGAUACCUUCUUCUCAUUCAUGCAAUGAAUGCAAAUUUCUUCAGUCAUACUGAAAUUCCAUUAGAAUUUCCUGCCAUAGUUUCAACUCUGUUUUUCAGUGCUAUGGUUUUUAAUUCUAACUACUUGAUUGUGUAUUUUGAAUAAUAUUGAAUCUGUUCUUUCUUGUC